GUUGCCGGAAGUGACAAAAUAAAGUAAACAGAGCAGCUGUCAAUGGCCUCGGAAAUUCACACAGUUCCAGAUUAAAGGGACAGAAAGAUAUUUUUUACUUUCUACUCACGAUAUCUGACGUUUUUAUGAGAAACUGGUGCGAACACUGACGAAGGGACAGGAGUGACUCUGCCCUGCGAUGUUCACAGACAUGGACUAUGAGCUGGAAGAGGACAAGCUAGGGAUACCAACAGUACCUGGUACUGUGUGUCUGAAGAAAGAUCCGAACAACCUUAUUGGCAUCAGCAUUGGUGGGGGGGCCCAGUACUGUCCUUGCCUCUACAUUGUCCAGGUCUUCGAUAACACCCCAGCAGCUCUGGAGGGGACGCUGGCAGCAGGCGAUGAAAUCACAGGUGUGAACGGGAAACCAGUGAAGGGGAAGACUAAAGUGGAGGUGGCCAAGAUGAUUCAAGUUGUCCAGGGAGAAGCAACGAUCCACUACAACAAACUGCAGGCAGAUCCAAAACAGGGGAAGUCUCUGGAUAUAGUGCUGAAAAAGGUCAAACAUCGGCUGGUAGAGAAUAUGAGCUCAGGCACCGCAGACGCUCUGGGACUCAGCAGAGCUAUUCUCUGCAACGAUGGACUGGUCAAAAGACUGGAAGAGCUGGAGAAAACGGCAGAGCUCUACAAAGGGCUGAUGGAGCACACAAAGAGGCUGCUCAGAGCUUUUUUUGAGCUUUCUCAGACUCACAGAGCGUUUGGUGACGUUUUCUCUGUCAUCGGCGUUCGAGAGCCCCAGGCGGCGGCCAGCGAGGCGUUUGUCAAGUUUGCUGAUGCUCACCGCAACAUCGAGAAAUAUGGAAUUCAGCUGCUAAAGACCCUCAAACCCAUGCUCCAUGACCUGAACACGUACCUUCACAAGGCCAUACCGGACACGAAGCUCACCAUCCGCAAGUACCUGGAUGUGAAGUUUGAGUAUCUGUCGUACUGUCUGAAGGUGAAGGAAAUGGACGAUGAAGAAUACAGCAGUAUUGCCAUCGGAGAGCCCAUGUAUCGCGUGAGCACCGGUAACUAUGAGUACCGCCUGGUGCUGCGGUGUCGGCAGGAGGCCCGGGCCCGCUUCGCCAAAAUGAGGAAGGACGUCCUGGAGAAGAUAGAGCUGCUGGAUCAGAAACACGUCCAGGACAUUGUGUUCCAGCUGCAGCGCUUCGUCUCCGGCAUGUCACAUUACUACGACGAGUGCUACGCCGUCCUGAAGGAGGCGGACGUGUUCCCCAUCGAAGUGGACCUCUCCCGCACCAUGAUCAACUACUGCAGCCAGUCGCUGUCCUACACGGAGGAUGAAGAGGAGGACGAGGACGGAAGAGGCAGAGAGGAAGGAGGCGGCGGCAGCGCAGGCGGUCAAGCGGAGAACGGCGCCGAGAAACUGAUCGAUGACGAAUGAGAGUGUGUGGUUUUGUGAGUGUGUGUGUGUGUGUGUGUGUGUGUGUGUGUGUGUGUGUGUGUGUGUGUGUGUGUGUGUGUGUGUGUGUGUGUGUGUGUGUGUGUGUGUGUGUGCGCGCUUUCUAAAGGUACACCCUUCUUUCUUUUGUGAUUCACUUUAUCUGCUGCUGCUUAAACAUCAGAUCGACGUCCCACCAGCAUGUUUUCAUUGUAAUAAAUCCAUUCAUACAAAACGUCCCUCCGCUUUCGAUCUGUUAAACUGCCAUUUUAAAUCAGAUUUCUCAGGUUAUGAUGAAUGAUUUGAAAAACAGUAGAAAUCAGUGUUGUUUUUGUUGCUGCUGCCAUUUGUGCCUUGACCACUGAGAGUCGCUUUGUGAUUUUUUUAUGAAAUGCAUCAAUGCAUAUUAGUCGCGUCCACGUGUGAAACACUAUCGAGUAAAUAAAGACAAUCAGUCAAACUCAGGGAAGUUGAUCUUUUCUGCUGAUGUGAUUUAAGAGCAUCUAAUCUUCUACUCUGUGCAGAAUGACAAUAUUUCAGGUUUGUAUUUUUGUAUAAUCUUGUGUGAAAUGAUGCACAUUUUUUCAUGUGUUAAUCUGUUUAAUAAAGUUUUACUGUUUCAA